GCGCAUCAUAACGGAGGGCAGAGCUGGCUCCGGUUGGAACACUGCUGCGCAAUGCAGACCCCAGACAUGGAUGAAACAGACAAGUUGCGAAACAACCUCCCCGACCACAACACAAAUGUUUAUUUAAGUGAGUACAAUACAUCAGGAAGCACAAAGAAGAAGGAAAAAGAGAGAAAAAAUGUCACAGUUGGCCCCAUUGAACUGUUCAGGUUUGCAGAUGGCUUGGACCUUUUACUAAUCUUCCUCGGGACAGUGAUGUCGGUGGCCCAUGGGCUGGUGUUCCCCCUCAUGUGUGUUGUCUUUGGUCAUAUGGCAGACAGAUUUAUACAGUACUCAGCAAUGUCCAAAAACAAUACCCGCCACCUUUUUUUCACCAACAGCACCUUACAGGAUGACAUGGCCAGCUUUUCUAUUUACUUCGCCAUCACAGGGGUCUUGGUGCUGGUGGCCGCCUACAUGCAGGUUGCUUUUUUUACACUCGCUGCUGUACGGCAGGUCACACGCAUCCGCAAGUGUUUUUUCCACAGUAUCAUGCGACAGGACAUCGGCUGGUUUGAUGUCAAUGACACAGGAACACUCAACACUCGCCUUGUUGACAGUGACGUCUAUAAAAUACAAGAGGGUAUUGGAGACAAAAUGGGGAUGUUGGUCCAGUCGCUUUCCACCUUCAUUGCAUCUUUGGUUGUUGGCUUAAGCAUAGGAUGGAAGCUCGCUCUGGUCAUCCUGGCCGUCUGCCCCUUGCUGGGCCUAUCAGCUGCCAUUUUCAGUAAGGUGGUGACAUCAUUCACCGCUAAAGAACAGACUGCUUAUGCCAAAGCCGGCGCUGUGGCAGAGGAGGUGCUUUCUGCCAUCAGGACUGUUUUUGCCUUCAGUGGUCAGCAGAGAGAGAUCCAAAGGUAUCAUAAGAACCUGGAGGAGGCUAAGAACAUGGGAAUAAAGAAGGCGAUAAGUUCGAACACCGCUAUGGGUUUCACCUUCAUGAUGAUCUUCUUGUCUUAUGCUCUGGCCUUCUGGUAUGGGAGUACGCUCGUUCGGAGUAAGGAGUACACUACUGGAACUGUACUCACAGUUUUAUUUGCUUUGAUUUUUGGAGCAAUUGCACUUGGCCAGACCUCACCAAACAUCCAGUCCUUUUCCAGUGCCCUAGGAGCUGCACACCAAGUGUACCGCAUCAUUGACACUAAACCCAGUAUCGACAGCUACUCAGAGAGCGGCUUCAAGCCUGAUGUCAUCACAGGAAACAUAGAGCUCAAGAAGAUCCACUUUAAGUACCCCUCAAGGCCAGAGGUCAAAGUAUUAAACAACAUGUCCCUAAGGAUUAAGAGUGGACAGACCAUCGCUUUAGUGGGAAGCAGUGGCUGCGGUAAAAGCACCACCAUUCAGCUGUUGCAGAGGUUCUACGAUCCUCAGGAGGGAUCUGUAUCUAUUGAUGAUCAUGACAUACGUUCGCUCAAUAUCGGCCACCUGCGAAAGAUGAUUGGCGUGGUGAGUCAAGAGCCCGUCCUUUUUGCCACCACCAUAUCUGAGAACAUCCGAUACGGCCGAACUGACGUGACGCAGCAGGAAAUAGAGCAAGCUGCCAAGGAGGCCCAUGCUUACGACUUCAUCAUGAACUUUCCUGAAAAGUUUGAGACGCUGGUCGGUGACCGAGGGUCUCAGAUGAGUGGAGGUCAGAAGCAGAGAAUUGCAAUUGCCCGGGCACUAGUCCGUAACCCCAAAAUCCUUCUGCUGGAUGAAGCAACAUCUGCGCUUGAUGCUGAAAGUGAAACUUUUGUGCAGGCUGCACUUGAUGAGGUCAGACUGGGUCGUACCACCGUAAUUGUGGCCCAUCGCCUCUCAACUAUCAGAAACGCUGAUAUCAUCGCUGGCUUCCAAAAUGGAGAAGUUGUGGAGUUGGGCACUCAUAGCCAAUUGAUAGAAAAACAGGGUGUGUAUCAUACCCUUGUCACCAUGCAGACCUUCCAGAAAGCCGAGGAGCAGUGGAAUAGUGAGCAGAAUGAAAAGAGCCGAAUAGCCAAAACAUUUAAUGAUUCUUCCUUCAGAAGGAGUAAGUCUACAAAAGGUUCUUUCUCUGCUCAUUUGGAGGGAAACCAAAAAGAGAGAGAAACAUUGAUUGAUGCCAAAGACAAGACGGAGGAGGAUGAAAAUGUUCCCCCCGUGUCAUUACUCAAAAUUAUGCAUUUCAACCUUCCUGAGUGGCCAUACAUUUUGACGGGGAUCAUCUUUGCUGCCAUCAAUGGAUUAUUACAUCCCCUGUUCGCAGUCAUCCUCUCAAAGUUCAUUGCUGUGAUGGCUGAGGCUGAUGAAGAGAUUAUCAGAAAAGAAACAGAAUUCCUUUGCAUGAUGUUUGCAACGAUUGGAAUUGUAAUCUUUUUCACCAUGUUUCUCCAGGGUUACUGUUUUGGAAAAUCUGGAGAGAUCCUGACGUUGAAACUGAGACUGGCAGCUUUCAAGGCUUUGAUGCGGCAGGAUCUCGCCUGGUUUGAUGACCAUAAAAACAGCGUAGGAAUGCUCACAACAAGGCUGGCUUCAGAUGCUGCUCAAGUGCAAGGGGUAACGGGACUACGCCUGGCUACCCUGGUGCAGAAUAUUACCAAUUUAGGCACUGGUGUGAUUCUUGCCUUUGUGAAUGGCUGGGAGCUGACCCUGCUCGUACUGGUCUUGGUACCAAUCCUUGCAGUGGCUGGAACUGUGGAGAUGGAAUUGCUAUCUGGGCAAGCUGCCAAGGACAAGAAGGAGUUGGAGAAGGCUGGACAGAUUGUUACAGAAGCCAUCGAAAAUAUCCGUACAGUUGCAUCUCUGACCAGGGAACUCAAGUUUGAGUCUUUGUAUCACAAUAACCUGGAAGUUCCCUACAGAAAUGCCCAGAAAAAGGCCCAUGUGCAGGGUUUUGCCUUCUCUUUCUCCCAAGCCAUGAUCUACUUUACUUAUGCCAUAUGUUUCUGGUUUGGAGCUUGGCUUGUUGAGCAAGGACGAAUGGAUGUUGAGGGAGUAUUUCUGGUGGUUAUGGCAAUUCUGUAUGGUUCUAUGGCUGUUGGAGAAGCCAAUUCCUUCACUCCAAACUAUGCAAACGCGAAAAUGUCAGCUGCUCACAUCAUGAUGCUUCUGAACGCACAGCCUGCUAUUGACAAUCUCUCACAUGAAGGCCAGUCAUUGGACCAAUUUGAUGGUCAUGUGUACUUUGAGGGAGUUGAGUUUAACUACCCCUCAUGCCCUGAUGUACCCGUUCUACGAGGGCUGAAUCUGAAGGUGAGCAAAGGAGAGACACUGGCCCUAGUAGGAAGCAGCGGCUGUGGAAAAAGCACCACCAUCCAGCUUCUGGAGAGGUUCUAUGACACCACACAAGGGAACGUGAUGAUUGAUUCCAAGAAUGUGAAAGAGCUGAACAUCUGCUGGCUGAGGUCUCAGAUUGGUAUUGUGUCCCAGGAGCCUGUGCUCUUUGACUGCAGCUUGGCCAAAAACAUCGCCUAUGGAGACAACAGUCGUACUGUAACUAUAGAGGAGAUUAAGGCAGCUGCUGAAGCGGCCAACAUUCACAGCUUUAUAGAACAUUUGCCAAAGAAGUACGACACUCUGGCAGGCGAUAAGGGGACCCAGCUGUCUGGUGGUCAGAAACAACGAAUAGCCAUAGCCCGAGCCAUCCUUCGUAACCCCAAACUGUUGCUUCUGGAUGAGGCCACGUCUGCACUCGACACUGAGAGUGAGAAGUUGGUGCAGGAGGCGUUGGACAAAGCUAGGCAGGGCAGGACGUGUAUCGUUGUAGCGCACCGUCUGUCCACCAUCCAAAACGCAGACCGCAUCGCUGUGUUUCAGGGAGGGGUGGUGGUUGAACAAGGGACGCACCAGCAGCUGCUAGCCAAAAAGGGAGUCUAUCACAUGCUGGUCACUAAACAGUUGGGCUGUGGUAGUGAAUGAGAAGACUCUUUUAUUGAGUUAUUUUCACAGGUCACCAUUUUCAAUGAAGAGUGGCUGUUUGUUUGUUUGUUUGAACGCACGCGACUGUUGGUGUGUUGACUCGAAGACACCCAAACACAGACGUGCAAGAAGGAAAUUUCAGUUCAGUUUGUCUAAAUAUAUAGGUCAGUGUUUCCCAACCUUUAUUUAGCCAAGGCACAUGAUACCAUCACCAAACAAAAUUGUCACAAAAGCAUAAAUACUGAAAUAAUGACAAUAUUGCCUUAAUUUACGCACAAAUUUACUGAGUGUGAAAUCUGCGCCUGUUAGUUUAGUGUUGUUUUUGGCAACCAUUGUCAUUUUAGUCUUUUGGACAAAAUUUCUUAUUAGUUUUAGUCACAUUUUAGUCAUUUCUAUAAAAAAUAGUUUUAGUCGAUGAAAAAUCAAAAAAUGUUUUAGUCUAGUUUUUAGGAAAAAUGUUUCAAGUUCAAUAAAUGUUUACAAAAUACCAUGCUAAGAAAAUAGAAUAGCCUUAACUAUCAAACAAGCAAAAUAAAAAUAUGUUUUAAUAGUGUAUUAACCACAUGACUGGCACUCACCCUGCACUUAAGCUUUUUGAUCUUUCUUUCUGAGCUAUGGACGGAAUUAUAAUGUAGCUGAACUGUGGCUGUUGUUGGUUGUGUGAGAUAUAUUAUCAGAGAGACAUUAUUUGUAGGAAAUAAUAAUUUCAGACCAAUUAAGUGAAAUUGGAUCAUUUCCUGCAGCACACCAGUGAUCUAGAUUGUAGUGACAUACGCUCCCUUUUUUGCUGGGUUUUGUGGGAUAUCAAAUGUUUUCUCAGGUACAAAAUACUGUAUAUUGUAUAACUGAAUGAGGGAGUGAUUCCAUUAGGGAAAAAAUAAAGACAACUGAGGACAAGCGGUUUGGAAAAUGGAUGGAUGGAUGGAUAUAGAUAACUGACAGAUUAACAAACACAAAACACUCAAAAAUAGGAAGCAAUAACUGAAAUCUGAUUAGGUUUGGCUGAUUUACUGACUGACUGAAGUGAGGCAAGGGAAGUCUGUAAGGUGCAUUUGAGGGGAUUAGUUCUGCAGUGCAUGACAAUUUCAAGAGACUUAACAUAAUUCAAACCUACUAGCCAAAUAUGAUAUGUAACAAUGUAUUACUAGCAGGAAAAAAUAUAUUUUAUUUUAUAUUUUACACCAUUGUAUACAUUAAAAUGGCAUUUAGCCAUUAUUAUCCUCAAAAGUCCUUACAUCUGUGGACAGCCCAGCCUUACCUUUGUUAACAGAACCUACCUCACAGUGCUCUUUCACAUGUAGCUCAUCUCGAAUGUGGCCAGAAUAAAUCUGCAUUGCAUGGAUUAUAGUCACAGAAAGUGCGACUUACUGUCCAUCCAUCCAUCCAUCCAUUUUCUGAGCCGCUUCUCCUCACUAGGGUCGCGGGCGUGGUGGAGCCUAUCCCAGCUAUCAUCAGGCAGGAGGCGGGGUACACCCUGAACUGGUUGCCAGCCAAUCGCAGGGCACAUACAAACAAACAACCAUUCGCACACACAUUCACACUUACGGGCAAUUUAGAGUUGUCAAUUAACCUACCAUCCAUGUUUUUGGGAUGUGGGAGGAAACCGGAAUGCCCGGAGAAACCCCACACAGGCACGGGGAGAACAUGCAAACUCCACACAGGCGGGGCCAGGGAUUGAACCCCGGUCCUCAGAACUGUGCGACAGACGCUCUAACCAGUCGUUCACCGUGCCGUACUACUUACUGUAUUUGUGUAAAAAUAUAUUGUGAAUGGAAUGCAAUUACCUCUGCCAAACAAUGUUAAUGUAUCAAAUAAUUUAUUAAAUGUUGGUACAAACCUGAAUAAAUAAAUAAUAAAUAAACUUCUGGUGUUAGUAUUGCUAGUCUGAAACUUGACUGCUGUCGGGUUGUCCUUGUGCAAGGCACUGCACCCCCUCAAAUCUCACCUCACGAUCUGUGCACCCAAUCACUCCAACAUAUAUACAGCAGAGUGUACUGCAAAUCGAAUUUCCCCUUGCAGGAGCACAAACAGCAUAGUAAAUUAAAUUAAAAUUACAUUUAGAAUAGAAGUGUGGUGAAAAGUGUGCUGGUCAGCAGUUUUUGAUUGGGCCGUUGUCACUGAAAUCCAACAUCUGUCGUACUUGAUUUUUUUUUUUCAAACUACCGGUAAUUAAUUUUCAGAUUCCACUGUCAUAAUUCAUAACAUCACUUUAGAGGAGGAAAUGAGCGGGUUAGACCGAGAUGUCGAUUCAACUCAAUCAGACACAUUUGAAUUAUUUUCCCCAUUUCAGCUUUGCCAUCUACUAUUCCAUCAUAUGAAUGGCUGCCUAUUUCGAAGUUGCUUUCUUUACGCUGUCAGUGGGACAACAGGUCAAAGGCAUCCGCACGCGUUUUUGUUUUUUCACAGUGUUAUGCGACAAGACCUCGGCUGGUGUGAUGUCAAUGAAACAGGAACACUCAGCACUCAUCUCAUAGAGUGAGUAACAUGAUGUCAAUUACACACUCGGGUCUACUUUGUAGACCAAUUCCUACACAUAACACCCCAUAAUAACUGCGAAAAAGCUCGGUUUGAAAUUUUAUCAAUUUUAUGUACACAAGUGUCACAGCUUUUGCUAAUUUCUUUGGUGGUCCACCUUUUCAGCAAUUAAAGCCUCGACACACUGUUGAAACCAGAUGUAAUCAGCAGACACGGCUGUUAUGCUGGUAGAAUAACCUUUGGAGAGGUGGGUAGAGUAGCCAAAUAUUGUACUCAAGUAAGAGUACUGUUAAUUUAGAAUAAUAUGACUCAAGUAAAGGUAAAAAGUAGUCAUCCAAAUAUUUACUUGAAUAAGAGUAAGAAGUACUCAAUGAAAAAACUACUCAAGUACAGAGUAACUUGUGAGUAACCUGAUUUAUUUAUUUAUUUUUUAAUCAGAGCAUGAACAUCAAAUAAAAUUUAAAAAAUAAUAAUAUAUGGGAGACGACACACACCUAUCACCAUUUCAAUUCUUAACUUACAUACAUUGGGCGCUACAGAAACAUUAUUUGCUUUAUUCACGUAAAUGACUUGAAGAAGCUGUUUGCUGAACAGACUUAUUGAUCGUGUGUGCGUGUGCAUGUACAACACCGUAGGGAUAGAGCUAAUUUUUCCAUAUCCACUGCCAAAACAGCAAUAGAAACAUUUGCAAUUUAUCGCAAGUUGUUUUCUCAAGUUAGAAGUGGGCUGAAAUGUCCAAGUUUGGGCAGUCACAAUUUAAGAGCUGCAUGAUAAAGCUGUUGUUUUUUUGGAGUGUAAAAUAAACAGUCGUGUGGCUGUUUUUUUUUAAUUUUAUUUUUA